AUGAGACUAUCUGCCUCCUCCGCGGUUGCGGCAGCACUCCUACCGGCAGCGGUUGUCGCCUGCGACAGCUGCUAUGGUCCCACGAACACGGUCGAGCAUGUCCGGCACGUCAAGCGCAUCCAGCCAGGAGCUCAGGAGGCCACGUACGGUCCGACACGGCCGCUCGAAUGGGGUCAGCUGAACGUGAUGCACACGACGGACACGCACGGCUGGCUCGAGGGCCACAUCAAGGAGCAAAACUAUGGCGCCGACUUUGGCGACUUUGUGUCCUUUGCCACGCACCUGAAGCACAAGGCUGGCAACAUGGGUGUCGACCUGUUGCUGGUCGACACGGGCGAUCUCCACGACGGCACCGGGCUCAGCGACACCACGACGCCCGAUGGCAAGCUUACCAACAAGAUCUUCGAAGAGCUCAGCGCGUAUGAUAUUCUGACGAUCGGCAAUCACGAGCUAUACUUGGCUGAAGUGGCGUACCAGACGUUCAGCGAGCUCAGCAAGUUCUGGGGCGAGAAGUAUCUCACAUCCAACGUGCAGAUCCUCAACCAGACGACGAACGAGUGGCAGUACAUUGGCCAGAAGUACCGCUACUUCACAACACCCAAGGGUAAGGGCGACCGCUUGACAGGCGAAACGACACGCUUGCUGAUGAGAUAUGCAGGCCUCCGGAUCAUGGCUUUCGGGGUUCUCUUUGACUUUAAGGGCAACACCAAUGUGUCCAAGGUGAUCCCGGCGGCGACGAUGGUGAAGCAGGACUGGUUUGUCGAGGCAGUCAAUGCGCCGGAGCCGGUAGACCUCUUCCUCGUGAUCGGGCACAACAUUGCGCGGCCGACGACCAGCGGCAGCACAUUCCAGACGGUGUACGAGGCGAUCCGGACGGUGCAUGCGGAUAAGCCGGUGCAGAUCUUUGGAGGCCACAGCCACAUCCGCGACUUUGCGGUGCUGGAUGAGUCCAGCACGGCCUUGGAAUCGGGGCGGUACUGCGAGACGGUGGGCUGGCUGGCGAUGAGCGGCUUUGACACCGACAACAGCGGCUACCACGGCGUGCAUGAGGCCCAUGGUGUGCCUAACCCGACGCGCAAGGCGACGGCCAACGCGACGGGCCCGUGGAUAUAUGCGAGGCGCUACCUGGACUGGAACCGCUACACGUUUUCCUUCCACGCUGUCGGCACGGGUUCGAGCAAUGCCACCGGCUUCGACUACCACAGUGGCCUAGCGGUGACGGACGACAUCAGGCGCGACCGGUCGUCGCAGCGGCUCGGCGAGUUGUACGGCUGCGUGCCCGACUUCUACUGCCAGACGUGCGUUCCAUUUGGCAACGAGACCAACAUCUUCACGCCGCUGAGCGACGCCCUGGGCACCAGCGUUGUCAACACGGACCGCGCCGACCGUGCCCGCAUGGUGUACAGCAACACAGGCGGCAUCCGGUUCGAUAUGUACAAGGGCCCAUUUACGUACGACGACAACUUUAUAGUAUCGCCCUUUCGUGACGCCUUUUUGUAUAUCCCGGACGUGCCGUACAGCCUGGCAGAGGGGCUGCUGAACGGACUCAACAAUGGCGGCGUGGACAAGCGUGAUGGCCCCCUGGCCCUGGCGGACACGGCAGCCCUGCUCGGCCGCGACUCGUGUGUCGACCCGAUUGCAGGCGUGACCAGACGUGACGAUAUCAGCGGUAGCAGCAGCCACGAUCACGGCCACGGCAUUGUGCGGCGCCAGGUGACCACAGAGACGGCCGGCUACACAACGACAGACGACUUUGGCAGCGAUGGUGACGACACGGCGCAUCAGAAGAUCCCAUACUAUAGCAUUCCCAAUUACUUUAUGGGCACGGGCGGCUUCCCAGAGUCAGGUGACCCGGAGAAGGUGGACGUUAUAUUUGUGGACUUCAUCGAGUCCUUUGUGCUGGAUUACCUCGGAUCGGCCUACAACAGCAGCAUGGUGACGUACUACAUCUCGGAGAAUUUCACGUCGCAAGACUACCUCUUGCCGUACGUGAAGUCAAACUGGCAGACGGGUCUGCCGGACUGCCCGAUUUGA